CCGCGGAUUUCCUUCGAAAUGUCACACACGUCUGCUGGUGAGCUAACAACGAUAGACAGUUAAAUAUUUUCGUGUUCUCAUAUUUACUUUCCAUUCGGCGGUGGCUGAAUGUCAACGUACGUCUCCGACAUAUCGCCCACUUGUUGCGCGUCCUUCACAACGUGAGCGUGACAGGUGUUACCCGCAUCUGGCAAAAACUCAAAUAUAUUCAUGGUUUCCACGAAAAAACAAAGCAUUACUCCUAACAAAGGAUUAUUUUAGAGCAGUCUGAACAAUUUCUUCACGUAAAUUAAACAAUGCACUCCCUGCAAAAAAUGAAAUUCGCUUUCGUGCGAAACAUUCUUGGAUCUUCCACCCUUACAACAAAACGUUUAAUUAUUUAAUUAUUAAAAAUCCCUUUGCCCAGAUUUUAGCCGCCAGGCGCUUUCUGAUGGAGUGGAAAUUAACAUCGCCAGGUUAUAAAUACGCUAGAAACUAGGCUCUGUAUAGCCGGCCGCUCAGCUCCAGACACCGCCCGGGAAAUCCACUGAAAUUUUUGCUUUUGUCCUCUGAUUCCAGAAGCCCGAUAAAUAAUUUAAUUGUUCUCUAAAAUUCUCACGAAAAGUUACCGUUAAUAGUAAAGAUACCAUUUCUACGUACGAUUCCCUUACAAAGAUCCAAAAACAUCCCUUGUUCUCAUGAAAUAUUUUAUGUGCAAACCACGGCUCUCAGUACUAGGCUGGCAUGGAGCUGCAGAGGCCCUCCCGGUGUUACCAAGUUAAAAUGUUUUCAUGAAGUCAUGUUUAACACCCAGAUCUUCACACUUCACGAUUAACUAAACGGAACAACGCGUAACUAAAAAGGCUCACGUCUUUUUAGCAGAUCGCACGAGGAAAAACAUUUCGAAAUACUUCGCGCUAAAAAACUGUCCUGAGGCGACACUCCGUUAAACAUUAGAUGACAUCUGAUGCCCAGUCCUUCUUUUCAAGACUUCACUCGUUCUCGCUAUCUUUCGUCUUUCGGUAGGCCUAGCUUGCGGCAAAUCAAUGUUUUCCAGCAAGGGAAAAUCUAUUUUUUUAAUCCCAAAAUGGACUUCGAUGUAUGUAAAGACUUUAAGAAGUGCGUCUUCCUCUUCUUUCCUCAAAUGGUCUUCCCUGUUUGGCUCGAAGACCGGAAAUGCGGCAGAGCAAGGAACGCCUGGAAGAUCUGAGUACUACGUCCCUCGGAAAUUUGUUCCUAUGACCAGAAAAGCACUUAUAAGACGAAUGGUGGAAGAUGAGAACCUAGUGAACACAAAGGACAGACAUUACUUUCAAGACCUUGCAGUACAUCUGGAGAAAGCCCUAGCUGGAACUUUUCAUGGGGUUUUGGGGGAGUUGAAGGCCCUCUAUGAUCCACUGAACCCAGACAAAGAGACGUUGACUCUCCAGAAAACCUCAAAGAAAGAAAGACUAGAUAAUGAAUUCUGGUUGCUUGAAAAGUUGUCAAACGUCCUAGACAAGGCUCAUUUCUAUGAGCUUCCUGUUGAAGACGUACAUGAAGCUCUAAAAGAGCAUGAUGCUGGAGAUGGAGUGCUUGUCAGUGUCGACCCAAAAAAGUAUGAUGUUCUUAGAGUGUGGGUUGUUGGAAAGGAAUUUGAGCCCAGUGAUACAGGUACAUGGUAUUCCAGGAUUGCAGCUGGCAUAACUCGUUGGUUUAAACAACCAAUAAAAACCGAGAGGUACAAGAGAGUGGUCAUAGCAAUUCGUGCCAAGAAACAGACCAAACUCAUGCUCAAGUCAUUCAAGGAUAUUCGAUGUGCCAACUUGGAACAUUUACUUCCUGAAGGAAAGAUAAGGAUGACACAAUUUGAUCAACGAAUCCUGGCAGGAACAUUGGCAGUUGGUGCUACAGGUGUGGUGAUCAAGCUUGUUUCUUUCCUGGCAGACUACAAAAUCUCAUGGAUGUAUAUUGCUAUUUCUGUGGCUGGUGUUGUGGCUCUAAGAGCAUGGAACAUGUACAAGAAUAAGAGGAAUUCAUACCUUGUCCGUUUGUCACAAACCCUCUAUUUUAAGUCCAUUGCAAACAAUCGGGCUUUGCUAACUUUGCUAGCUGACAGAGCUGAAGAUGAGGUGUUUAAGGUGACUCUCCUAGCCUACAGCUUUCUUCAGGCAUCUUCAAACUUACAGCCAUUAUCAGGUGGCAUCCAUGGUACUGGAUCACACAAAAGUGAAGGGAUGACAGUAAGUGAACUGAAACAUCGUGUAGAGGACUGGAUGAGCACCAAAUUUCAAGUGACACUGAAAUAUGACCCAACAGAAGCUAUAAAACAACUUGAGAACUUUGAUCUUGUUGUAACAAAACAAAAAGGUGAUCAAGAAAUAUUCAGCGUGCUGCCCAUUUUUGAUGCAUUCGUGAAACUACCAAGUCCAAAAGAAUCGCUAAAACUAGCAACCGAAAGAACUGAAGAGCUUGAUGUGGAACUAACAGAGGUAACAUCUGAAGAAGAAAUAGCACAAGUACAAGACAAGCAGAGAGAAGAAUUGGAGCAGAAGAAAAUGACAUGGGACUGACUUGGAAUAUUGCUUUUAGAGAAGGAAGUCAAGUUGUACUUUUAUCAAGAGAGUAGAACAUUGUAGAUGUUUUGAUGGGUAGCUGCCAUGCAUACUCCCCUUUAGGAUUUUGUUCCAUGGUCUCAAACAAAAAGCAAGCAAGAAAGUGCAAUAUUGUACGAGGACAAAAACAAAUUGGUGUCAGCUUUUUGUGUGUCUGGCCUGUUAUUGACCAUGAACUUUGUCAUAACAUUGUCAAGGUGGAUCCACAGCUACUUUGACAAUGUUAUGCCAAAAUUCAUGAUCAAUAA